UAUAUCAAGGGGUUCCCCAGAUUCGCACUUCGUGAGCCCACACAACUCACAAUAUCUGAGAGGUCUCACAGACUUGGUCGUCCCGGGUCUGUAACGCUUCACUCUACAAAGUCUUCAGCUUUGAUCAGACAAACCCUAGUAGUUCGAAAUGCAGGAAAAGAAGGGAGACAUGGCAUCCAACGACACCACCACCCCCGCAAACAAAAACCCUAAAAAGGCGAAUCUGUUGGAUCAUCACUCCAUCAAACACAUCCUCGACGAAUCUGUCACUGAGAUCGUUACAAACCGUGGAUACAUUGAAGAUGUGAGGAUGAGUAACGUUAGAUUGUUGAUGGGAACGAGCAUCAUCAUCAUCGCUCUCGUUGCUCAGUUUUACAAGAAGAAGUUCCCUGAAAACAGAAAUUUUCUGAUCGGCUGCAUCAUAUUGUAUAUUGUAUUCAAUGGGUUAUUGCAGCUGAUCAUAUACACCAAGGAAAAGAAUGCAAUUUUGUUUACCUAUCCUCCUACUGGAUCCUUCAACAGCACCGGCCUGAUGGUCUCUUCCAAGUUACCGAGAUUUUCUGAUGUGUACACACUUACUAUAGCAAGUGCAGAUCCCAAAUCAAUAUCAGCGAAGGAACCAGUAGAAUUCACCAAAAGCAUCACUAAGUGGUUCACGAAGGAUGGAGUUUUGGUGGAGGGCCUGUUCUGGAAAGAUGUUGGGGGACUGAUAAAUGAUUAUUCAAGAGAAUCUAAAAAGAGCAAGUGAAUUCAAGCUGCAUUCCUUUGGUGCAAUCCUACUAGCUUGACUGGAAUAACUCUCUAUUAAUAUAUUGCAAAGCAUAAAUAUUAUGUAUUGAAAUUAUGGUUCUUGCUUGGAUGGAUCUUGAACCAGAACUGUGGAAUCAAAUCACCGCAAGUUUAGAAGAGAAUUUACAUCUUCAAGUUGUGGUUUUGACUAUUGUGGCUAAUGAAAUUUUGGGACUAUUUGGCAUCCUUGAUAUCCCAUUUCAGUAA